AUUAUUGUUUGUUGACGUAGACUUUCUUUUGGUGUGCAAUGGUGAAUUCGACUUAGUUUCUUCUAUCUCUACAAUUCCCACCAUUCCCACCAUUUCCAUCUCUGCUCCUGUCGUCACUUGUCUAACAAACGUACACUCUCAGGUUUCAGCCUCCCAAUCAUGGCGACCGCCGCGCCGCCAGUUUUCAUCUCCACCACCGCACUCCACUCUCUCAUCACCCACAAAUCCCUCAUCCGCCACCUCCAAUCCACCCUGCCACCGCUCUCCGCCGCCGUCCAGUCCCCUCUCCGCCACGCCCACCAAACAAGCCCCUCCUCCUCCUUCCUCCUCAUGCCCUCUUGGUCAACCUCCCCACUCCUCCCUUACAUUGGCGCCAAACUAGUCACCCACCACUCCAACAACUCUACUCUAAACUUACCGGGGGUGCACGCUGUUUACGUGCUCUUCAACUCCCUCACCGGCCAGCCGUUGGCCGCCAUGGACGCCACCGAGCUCACCCUUUACCGCACGGCCUGCGUGUCGGCCCUCGCUUCCUUAUACCUGUCGAGAGAAGAAGCCGUGACUCUUGCGAUGAUCGGGGCUGGUGCUUUAGCUUCACAUUUGAUCAAGGCUCAUUUGACGGUUAGGCCGAGCGUGAAGACGGUUGUACUUUGGAAUAGAACCCUUUCUAAGGCGAGAAGCUUGGUUGAUCGGUUGACAGAGGAGGGUGGAUUUGAAGGGGUACAGUUUGAGAGCCACGGGUGCUUGGAGGAGGUGGUGAGGAAGGGAGACAUUAUCAGUUGUGCCACCAAUUCAGAAGUUGCAUUGGUUAAGGGAAUGGAUUUGAAGGAAGGGGCGCAUUUGGACUUGGUGGGGUCGUUUACGCCGUCCAUGAGGGAAUGUGAUGAUGACGCGGUGAGACAGGGCCGGGUGUUUGUCGAUAGUGCGGCAGCAUGGUGGAGGCGGGGCGGCAUGGUGGAGGCGGGAGAGCUGGUGGGAGCGUUUGAGAGAGGGGUGAUUAGGAAGGAUGAGAUUGUGGGGGACUUGGUGGAGUUGAUCAAGGGUGAGAAAGUUGGGAGGAGGACUUGGGAUGAGAUUACUGUGUUUAAAUCAGUUGGUUCUGCUGUUGUGGAUCUCUUGAGUGCACAAAUGGUGUAUGAGAACUAUGUGGAUAAUGAGGCUAAGCAAUGAUUUUGCUGAGGUUGGUUUAUAAACUUCCAAAUCAUAAAUAGGAAUAAGGAUGAAGGAUCAUCAAUGCUGAACUAGAAUGCAAGAUUGGAUGCAAAUGCAAUGUAAUAAGAUGUUCAGUGCAUUUAUAUAUACAUAGGCAUAGCAUCUUGAUUUUUCUGGGUUGAAUUUCGUUAGGAUUUACCUGUUGCAUAUUCUGAAAUACCAGUAUAUGCAAUUUUCUUGCCCAGAGUCUGGAUCUUUUAUUGCAAAGUGGUGUUGCAUCUCAUGUUAUACUUCA